AUGGCUAUCGAUCUCCUACUGCUGCUAGGACUAGCCUUCAUCUUCAGCUCAGCUUUUCUUUUGAUACAGCGUGGCAGGCGCAACAUCACUUUACAGCGGCUCCGUAACGGCGGUCGAAGGGUGUCAGGUGCAAAGACUCCUCCAAGGUCUCUAUCGCCACGAAAGAAACCCGUCUCCACCACAGAGAUCGAUUACUCUGACACCUUCCCACCAUCGCGACGCUUCGUCCUUGACGAGACUGAGGAGAAAGAUGCGUCUGAGAAGUCAGCACCAGGGUGGCAGAAGAAAAUAUUACCCAUGGAAACGUCGUAUCUGGACGCUGAUGACUCUACGUUUCUCCCAUGUGGCUUCUCGGUCAAAGAGGUCAAGGCCCUUGGUGACUUUCCGGACUACGCUACACUCAGUGGCGUACCUCUUCCCAACCCUUACCCAGAAUUCGACAUCAAGAAGGCUUUACCUCGACCAUAUAGGCCGUUUAGAUGGUCUUACCACCAGACGAUGUCAAUCACCAAGAUGCAAACAGACUGGUGGAUCGAGCUCGAAAAUACAUACGAAGAGCGCAUCAAGCAACGCCAAGCUCUAUUCGCGGAGCAUGGUGAAGCGGUCCUACAAGCCUUACCAGGAUCAGAGCUCGCUUGCAAAGAACUAAUGGAGAUGGUGCUACAGUUUGUAUGCGCAAGAUAUCCGCACUACUUUCGCCUAUCGGCCGAUAAAAAGACAUUUCACAACGGCAUCUUAAAGACAGACACUGAUCUCACUACCACACUACCUCUACACGUUCUUCUGAACAACAUUCCCGAAGAUUUCGCCAUCAUGCUGCGAAGCGAAAAGACAGGGUUGUACGUGUUUCGAGCAGGCGUCAUCUGCAGUGCGUUAGGCUGGAAUCUAGGCUCGAAAAUCGGACUUGAACUCGCCGCUAUACACAAACCUAUCCCAGACUACAAGGAAAAGAUGCAGUUCUCCAUGGACAGAUACUUUGCCAAAAAGCCCACGGACAAACCCAUCCAGCGCGGCUCCUGGGGACUCGAAAUCGAUAAACCCCUCUACAUGCCGCCCGGCGACACCCAUGAAGCCCUUCGCUGCCACCAACUGCCUCCCGAUCAACUACCCCUUUCCCGCAUCCACCUUCGCGUAGAUUGGCAAACGCUCCGCCGACUUCCGCUUUCUGGCGCUGUUGUAUUCAAUUUCAAGGGGCUGUUUACCCCGAUUGAGGAGUUUAGGGAGGAGAAAUGUGUGCCGGGUUUGCUGCUCAAGGUGCUGAAGGAGGGAAAGAGGGGGCUGAUGGAGUACAAGGGAACGUGGCAUGUUGAGCAUGUUGCUAUGCCCAAGUUAGAGGAGUGGCAUAGGGAGCAGAUUGACAAGGGGUUGGUGGAGGAGGAUUGGGAGCCGAGGACGUUGGAUGAGAGUCCUUGGUUUGAGGGAUGGAAGGAGAGGUGGAGGGGAAGGCAGGGGUUUUGA